GUGAACGGGCUUUGCAGGAAGAGGAUCCACCUAGGAUGUCAGCUCUGAAGAAGGUGUUGCCAGGCAUACUGAAGAAGCAUUGCUGUAUCAUACCCGAUAGGAACACAGGUGUCAAGCGGUUGCUGAUGAAAUUGAAGAGCAGGGAGAUAUACUCAGACCAGCAGUAUUCAUGGUCGCCCUCGCAGUACUUCGAUGAGGACAGCUACUCCCCUCCACCCAGGAACAUGAAGGGUCUCUCUGGCGGGCGCCCUGCCCAGCUCCAGCUCACCUCUCCCAUCUCAGCCCACACCUGCGGCCUGGCUGAAUGCGACCAUUCCCUGGACCAUCACUUCCACUAUGGCAACUCACGUCCCCCCUCCUACCUCCUUAGCCCCACGGAGAGCUGCCCUCUUGACAGUCACCACCGCUGCUCCCCACGGAGCUCCAUCCACUCUGAAUGCAUGGUGAUACCGGUGUCCAUGUCGGCCACGGACCACUCCAUGUCUAGUAGCACUUUCCCCCGCAUGCACUACGGCAGCGCAUCGCGGGACAGCGGGGGCAACACUUCUGGCGGCAGGGACUCCCGAGACGACGGUGGAUCAUCCUCACAUGGUGGCAGUGGCAAAAUGAACAGAAUCCCAGCAAACCUCCUGGACCAAUUUGAGAAGCAGAUGCCGCUGCACCGGGACGGCUUCCACACCCUGCAAUACCAACGCACCUCCACUACAACCACGACCACAGAGCAACGCAAUGAAAGCCCAGGGAGAAUACGCCACUUAGUCCACUCUGUACAGAAGCUCUUCACAAAAUCACACUCCCUGGAAGGUUCCUCAAAGAUGAACGGUACCAAAGGCGACUCGCACCGGGACAACUCGCACCACCACCAUCACCACCACCAAGCCCACCAUAAACACAGCAAACGCAGCAAGAGCAAAGAACGUAAAUCUGACGGCAGCGGCAAGCAACGCUCAGGAGGUUGGUGGAGUUCAGAUGACAACCUGGAUAGUGACAGUACGUACAGAACACCCAGCGUCAUGUCACGGCAUCCUGUGGAGCACAUCAGCCACUGCUACCCUGACUCAAUACAUAGCCACCUGGCAGGAGACCUGUCCCUUAAGACAUCCAAGAGUAACAACGAUGUCAAGUGCUCAGCCUGUGAGAGCAUCAGCAUGGCGCCAGAGGGAAAGUUCAUGAAGAGGAGCUCCUGGUCAACGCUAACGGUCAGCCAAGCCAAGGAGGCCUACAGGAAGUCCUCACUCAACCUGGAGAAGCCCAUGACACCCAGUGACCUCAAGCCCAACAUCAGGCCCUGCCACUAUCUACAGGUGCCCCAGGAUGACUGGGGAGGUUACCCUGGCGGCGGGAAGGAUGACGAGAUCCCUUGUCGUCGGAUGCGGAGCAGCAGCUAUGUUAAAGCCAUGGGGGACGAGGAGAGCGGAGAGUCGGACUCCAGCCCCAAGACGUCGCCUCAGAAGGUGGUACGGCCCGACGCCCUGGUAAAAGCCAUCAUCAGACCCAGGGAACUGCUGGACUCACAAAGUCAGAGCUACCACUUGCAAGCCACCAGGGACAUGCACCCAAGCAUUGCCCUGGAUCCCUCUGCCAACUACAACUCUCCCAAGUUUCGCUCCAGGAACCAGAGCUACAUGCGGGCAGUCAGCACCCUCAGCCAGGCUAGCUGUGUUAGCCAAGUGAGCCAGGUGAGUGAAACAGAAAUAAACGGCCAGUUUGAAUCAGUGUGCGAGUCGGUGUUCAGUGAGGUUGAAUCCCAGGCCAUGGAGGCGUUGGAUCUGCCCGGCUGCUUCAGAACUCGGAGUCACAGCUACCUGCGAGCCAUCCAGGCUGGCUACUCCCAAGAUGAUGACUGCAUCCCCCCCAUGGCCUCCACCGUCACCUCCACCAUCAGGGCUACCACAGGGAUCCAGUUCUGCCUCCCCUCCACCUGCAGCAUUGAUCGGACGCCCCAACAAACCCCAGCCAUCACCUACACACCCAACUACAAGAAGACCCCUCCUCCACCAGUCCCACCCCGCACCACCUCCAAGCCCCUCAUCUCCAUCACAGCCCAGAGCAGCACCGAGUCCACGCAGGAUGCUUACCACGAUGGGAGGCACCCUCACGUCGGCAUGUGGGCGACUGACGGCCUCAGCCUGGGGCUAAACACAGGCAGGGCCCUCUAUAACUCCAACGACAGCCUGGACAGCGCCAAGGCUGUCACAAUAGCCAUGGAGGCAGCUGGAGUCAUGUCUGGAAAAAGACACCCGUCCACAGACAGCCACAGCUCGGUGCUCACCUGCGACAAGGCCAUCCUGGUGUCCAAGGCUGAGGAGUACUUGAAGACACCCAGAUCUUCUAUAGGAAUACAGGUGGAAGCAGCCACGGACUCUGAAUCUGAAAGCAAAGGUUUGCGGGAGUACCACUCCGUUGGGAUCCAGGUGGAGGACAAUAAGAAAGGACAGGGCAGGUUCAAGCGCUCCAACAGUGUAACUGCAGCUGUGCAGGCCGACAUGGAGCUGGAGGGCUUCCCCACCAUGGAGGACAAGGGCCUGCAGUUCGGUGGGGGCUUCCAGCGUCACUCGGAACCCAGUACGCCCACCCAAUACGGGGCGGUGCGGACUGUACGUACCCAGGGGCUCUUCAGCUAUCGUGAGGAUUACCGUACCCCUGCUGAACCCCCCAGCCCCAGGGAGACCACCAGUGAGGCCCCCUGGCAGCUGGAGCCACCCUCCCCGAGAGAGAACGCAGCCUCACCGGGCGAGUCUGGCAGGGCAUCCCCCUCGCUGAGGAGGGACGGGAGCUGGUUCAUGCAACUGCUGCACACAGAGACCAAGAGGAUUGAGGGCUGGUGUAAGGAGAUGGAGGCCGAAGCUGAGGAGAAUGACUUGACGGAAGAGAUCCUAGGCAAAAUACGAAGUGCGGUGGGAAGCGCUCAGCUGCUCAUGUCUCAGAAAUUCCAGCAGUUCUACUGGCUGUGUCAGCAAAACCUGGACCCUAGUGCAAUGCCACGGCCCACCUCUCAGGACCUUGCCGGGUUCUGGGACCUCCUGCAGCUCUCCAUCGACGACGUCACCAUGAAGUUUGACCAGCUGCAGCAGAUAAAAAACAACAACUGGAGGGUCAUAGAGAGCCCAGAGAAGAAGGUGAGGGAUCCCCUCGACACUGAACCCAAACAAGCCCCACCGGCUCCUGUACCAAAGAAGACAAUUCGACAGAGGAGUUUGAUGACACGGGAGAAAUCCCUGGACCUCCCAGACCGGGGGCGGCAGGAGGCCCGGCGGCGGCUCAUGGCAGCCAAGCGUGCGGCCUCCUUCCGGCAGAACUCAGCCUCAGAGCGAGCAGACAGCAUCGAGAUCUAUAUUCCUGAGGCUCAGACUAGACUUUAA